UUUGUGACGUAGCUAUAGGCGACCGUUGUAGCAUGACAGCUAAACAGCUCUCAAAAUGAGCUUAUUAGAGACGAAAGAUUUGAUCUUUACGUUCAAGCUGUGCUGUUUUUAUUGUCGGGUCAACAUGAACUGAAACGGGCCUCGACGUAGUCACACACGUAGGGUGAAUUUUCGUUGCACUAGAACCUGUUUUACAGACAUCAACAUGUCGUUUCUCUUGGACUCAGUUAUCAUGUUCACCUCUCAGGUGCUGUUCUUUGGGUUUGGCUGGUUGUUCUUUAUGCGACAGCUAUUCAAAGACUAUGAGGUGCGACAGUAUGUUGUCCAGGUGGUGUUCUCUGUCACGUUUGCUUUUUCAUGUACCAUGUUUGAACUCAUUAUCUUUGAGAUUCUGGGUGCCUUAAGCAGCAGUUCCAGGUAUUUCCACUGGAAGCUGAACCUGUAUGUGAUUCUGCUGGUUCUUAUCUUCGUGGUGCCUUUCUACAUCGGCUACUUUGUUGUUAGCAACAUACGCCUGUUGCAGAGACAAAGGCUUCUUUUUGCCUGCAUGGUGUGGUUCACCUUCAUGUAUUUUUUCUGGAAGUUGGGAGAUCCAUUCCCCAUCUUAAGUCCAAAACAUGGGAUUUUGUCCAUCGAGCAGCUAAUCAGUCGCGUUGGUGUGAUCGGUGUCACUCUCAUGGCUCUACUGUCUGGGUUUGGUGCCGUCAACUGUCCCUACACUUACAUGUCCUAUUUCCUCAGAAAUGUAACAGACAGUGAUAUCCUUGCUCUGGAGAGGCGGCUGCUUCAAACAAUGGACAUGAUUGUCAGCAAAAAGAAACGAAUUGCUAUGACACGGAGGCAGAUGUACCAACGUGGAGAGGACCAGAACAAGCAGACCGGGUUUUGGGGCAUGAUCAAGAGUGUCACUUCUACACAAACAGGCAGUGAAAAUCUCUCUCUGAUCCAGCAGGAGGUUGAUGCUCUGGAGGAGUUGAGUCGACAACUUUUCCUUGAGACGGUGGACCUUCAAGCCACCAAGGAGCGAAUUGAAUACUCAAAGACAUUCCAGGGAAAAUACUUCAACUUCCUUGGUUACUUCUUUUCCAUCUAUUGUGUUUGGAAAAUCUUCAUGGCCACCAUAAACAUUGUGUUUGAUCGAGUUGGAAAGACGGAUCCAGUGACGAGGGGUAUUGAAAUUACAGUGAACUACUUGGGCAUUCAGUUUGAUGUUAAGUUUUGGUCUCAACACAUCUCGUUUAUCUUGGUUGGAAUAAUAAUUGUAACGUCCAUACGGGGCUUGCUCAUCACACUUACCAAGUUCUUCUAUGCAAUAUCAAGCAGCAAAUCUUCCAAUGUCAUCGUGCUUGUACUUGCUCAGAUCAUGGGGAUGUAUUUUGUGUCAUCUGUACUGUUGAUGCGCAUGAGCAUGCCAUUGGAGUAUCGCUCCAUUGUGACAGAGGUUCUGGGAGAGCUGCAGUUCAACUUCUACCACCGCUGGUUUGAUGUGAUCUUCCUGGUCAGUGCCCUGUCCAGCAUCCUCUUCCUCUAUCUCGCCCACAAGCAGGCCCCAGAAAAACACAUGGCCCUCUGAGCUCCUGCAGCACUUCUCUUAAUUAGAAUGAACUUCUGGUGACUUUUUAUCUGGAGAGAUAUCCAGAAAUCAAGCUUAUAUACAUAGAUUCCUGAAUCAGGAACGGCUGAUUACUGGGUCCAGGUUUUGGUGAAAUUGUUGGAAAAUGACAUGGAAUAUUGAAACUCUCUAAAAAUAAAGUAGAAAAGAAAAACCAUUACAAAUCUCAAAUGAAAAUUUUCAAGGA